CUUCAGGUCAUCUUUGCCACGCUUUACUCUCAUUUGUUUGCAUGCUUGCCAAGAAGCAUUCCUUCCUGUACAUAUUAAGACUCUAGCAUUCUCCAUCUCUUUUUUUAUCAUUAACCAUGUCUGUUCUGAACAACAGCAGGCCCGCUGUGGAUGGGGCCACUUCGGACCUUCUCAUGGAUCUUCAUGUCAAGUAUAUUCAGGCACUUGACACGAAGAAGAAUGAUCUCGAGUACUGGUUGACAGAGCAUCUUCGCGUCAAUGGCCUCUAUUGGGGUGCUACCGCGCUUCACAUCCUUGGUAAACCCGAAGCACUCGAUCAGGAUCAGAUCGUCGAAUACCUGGUGAAAUGCCAACAUGAGAACGGUGGAUUCGGAGGCCAUAUCGAUCACGAUCCGCACAUUUUGUCAACGCUGAGUGCAGUUCAAGUGUUAAUUACUUAUGACCGAUUAGAUGCUAUCAAUGUUGACAAGGUCGUGGACUACAUCGUGUCCUUGCAGAACGAGGAUGGAUCCUUCAGUGGAGACUCAUGGGGCGAAACAGAUACUCGGUUCAUCUUUUGCGCAAUCAACUGUCUUAGUCUACUAAAGAGAUUGGAUGAUAAGCGCCUGAAUUUAAAAAAGACUAUUGAUUAUAUUGUACAAUGCCGGAACUUUGAUGGCGGGUUCGGGAGCUCGCCUGGAGGGGAGAGCCAUGCUGCUCAGGUAUAUGUUUGCGUAGGAACAUUGACCAUUUUGAAUGCUUUACAUCACGUUGACGCAGACCAGCUCGGUUGGUGGCUCAGUGAGAGACAAUUGAAGAACGGCGGUUUGAACGGUCGGCCUGAAAAGCUGGAGGAUGUAUGUUACUCGUGGUGGGUUUUGAGUAGUUUAAGUAUGCUGAAGCGGGCCCAUUGGAUUGAUGCAAACAAGUUGACCCAAUUCAUUCUCGAGGCACAGGAUUCAGAAACAGGUGGCAUUGCUGAUCGAUCAGGCAAUAUCCCUGAUGUAUUCCACACUAACUUUGGUAUCUGUGGACUAUCUCUGCUGAGAUAUCCUGGCUUGGUGCCAGUAGAUCCUGUCUACUGUAUGCCUCGUCAUGUGAUUCAGCGGAUCGGGCUCACCGACAAGCAUUAAUACCGUAGUUCCUAGACCAGGAAGUAUCCAGAAUUGCAGAACCUUUGCAUUACUCGACGUAUUUCAAUAAAGAAUAGCCUGUAUGCUUGUACGCG